AGCUGUUGCGAUGGCGUCUGUUUCAGAGUUGAAGAGCGCGGUGAAGGAGACGCUGGAGUCCCGUGGCGUGCUGGGACAGUUAAAAGCUCGUAUGCGGGCAGAAGUGUUCAGCGCCAUGAAUGACCAGCAUGAACCUCGUCCGCCGCUGUCCCACGAAAACCUGCUGAUCAAUGAGCUCAUCCGAGAGUACCUGGAAUUCAACAAGUACAGGUACACGGCGUCAGUGCUGACAGCGGAGUCAGGACAACCUGAGGUUCCCCUGGACAGACAGUUCCUGGCAAACGAGCUGAAAGUAAUUGAGGACGCAAGUUCCAAGUCCGUGCCUCUUCUGUAUGGCUUGGUGUCCCACUUCUUGAGCAUCAGUGAUGAUGGAGGGAAAGUGUUUCUGCGGGGUGCCGGAGCUUUGUCUGCAGCUGGACCUGAUGCCUGAAUAUCAUAUUACAGGUGCACUCAAAGGGUCCAGAUGGAAACGUGGGUAAAUUAAACAGCCACAUCAUUUAUUGGUAACAAAUACUAACCGGUCCUCCUGUUCUCCCGUUCUCUGUCACAGUCACAGUGGUUCACUCUCACCACAUCCUUCUUUUUGCUUGUUCUCAGUUACAUUAACCCGUUAUCACGUCACCCAGGAUCACUCCUCCUCUCGAGCCGGGGCCUCGCUUCCUGAACUGGUUCCUCCCUCUCACUCCCUGGUUUUGGGCUAAUCCUUGUUUCUUGAUCAGGCUCUGGGACACUCGGUCUCUGCUGGUCUUCACAUUGUGAUAUGGGCCUUAUGCUGUCGUCCAGGCUGUGAAGUACCUUUUUUUUUUGUUGUUGUUUUUUUUUGUCUCUUCAACACUCGUUUGAAGCAAAUCUAAAUAGCACUUGGCUACAUGACAAGUUCACUUUUGUGCUCUUUUGGACCAGCGUCCACAGGAGCCACCAAGAUUCAUGUGCAGUGCACCAUCUGAUGGGUUUCUGGGGUAGGGGACCAAAUAAAACAUUGAGCUUUUAUUUAUUUUAUUUUUUUUUUGACAUGGACAAUCCUUGGGGGUUCAUCUUACUGUGACCAGACAGUGUCUAAGAUGAACUUUCUGAUGGCGACCCCAUGGGCUCUCAAGAGGGGCAAAAAUAUAUAUUCACAACUUAUCACAGAAAAAUGUAUCAAUAACUUUUCUCUAAUUACAAAUAAAGAUUUUAUGGAAGGCUGACGACAAAAAAAAAAGCUCAUUGUUCUCAUGACCCCCCCACCCCCAGCAUAUAGAAAAACUUUCUAUAUGUUUGUAUAAAGACUCUUGGGAGGUUGACUACAGGCAAGGAAACUCACUGUUCUUGAAUGUCCUGUCCCAAAGACCAAAAAUGAAUUUGUUGCACACUACUCAGUUUAUAGUGGGAAAAGCCGCUCGGUAAGUUUUAUCUCGAUUCUGCACACUGAUCCCUGAAUCACUGUCGACCUACACAGAGAUUUUCAUUGACCUUAAAUCAUUAAUGACGCUGGUUCCACAAUGAGUGGGUCAAAAUUAAUCUUAGUCCAAAGGAAUUCGGGUCUUGACCCCUGUUUUGUUUUGUUUUUUUACAACACUAAUCAUACUAAAAACAUCUUACAGCCAUGUUUCUGGGUGCUCUGCUCAUAUUAUAUAUGUUUCCUAAGUCUGGUGUUAAAAAUCCCACAGAGCUUCAGAUCACUCUGUUAUAUUGAUUUAACAAUAUCACGUUCAAUAUAUGUUGU